AUGGAGGCUGAGCCCGCUAUCUAUCUUGCUCAAUUUGCAGACAGUAUAGUCCCGCGCAAUGGGACGUAUCCAUUUUAUUAUUCAGAGCGAGAGUCGAUACUCGAGGGAGUAAGCGACAAAACCCUGUCGCUGGCCGCGCCGUUGGUCGCGUACUGGGUCUACUCGCUGAUAUUCCAUUUCCUCGACGUCUACGGCACAGAUUGGGCGUGGUUGGCGCCUUACCGCAUCCACGAGAGUGCCGAAGUCACGUCAAGAAAUUUGGUCGGCAAGUGGCACGUCGUCCAGGCCGUCUUUGUCCAGCAGCUGAUCCAGACUGUCCUGGGAGUUCUUCUCGUCGAAGAAAAGAGCUCUGUAGCCGUCGACCACACAGCCAAGAUGGCGCGUAUGAGCCCUAUUUUGGUCCAGAGCACUCUGCUCUGGCUCGGGAAUCCAUACGUCGCCCAGGCCAGACUAGAGUCCUGGGGUGCAUCUAUUCUUUAUUUCGUCUAUUGGUGGUUCAUCCCCGUCGUUCAAAUCCUGUUUGCUUUGUGA